GUAACACUGUUGGUGAAGCAAAACAGCGCAAGUCUGAAGCUACUGAUAUACUGAGUGAUGCAACCUUUUCGCUUCAUAAAGGGGCGUCCAAUGCGAACGAACUAGACGGAGAAAGUGACAACAACGAAGAUCGCAAGGAACAAACAGCAGCGAAACAACAGCUUGGUGUGAAACCAACAGAAACGAAGAUCCUGGGUGUAAAAUGGGAGGAAGAGAACGAUACACUAAGUGUACAACUGGGAUCGAAUAGCGAAAGUCCUACAAAGCGAAGCCUCCUUAGUCGGUUAGCUAAGAUUUACGACCCAAUAGGAAUUGCCUCGCCUCUGUUGUUGCAAGGAAAACAAGUCUACCGAGAAGUAUGUGACCACAAGCUACCAUGGGAUGUAGAAUUGAAAGGAGUGAUUAAGAAGCGGUGGAAAAAUGGGAAGAUAACCUGCCCAGCGAAGUGACUGUGCCAAGACCAAUUGCACCUUUCCAAGGAAGCAUUCAUUGACGAAAACCCUAAGAAUUGGUGCAUGGAUAAAGAGAUUCCUCGACAACAGUCGCGUGAACGUAGACAGCAGGCAACAUGGUCCAUUAACAACCGAUGAGAUUGACCAACAACGUCUAUGGUGGAUCAAACAAGUACAAGCGGAGGCGAAAAAAAAUUCAAAAUGUCAAAAUGAUUCCGUUCAGUUAAACCUACAAGCCGAUGCGGACGAGAUUCUGAAGUGCAAAGGACAAGUACAAGGACAACUUCCUAUUUACCUGCCUGAUAGCUCGUUGUUUGCCGUGAAACUUGUGGAAGAAGCUCAUAUAAAGACGCUCCAUGGGGAGUUAUUUUGA